AUGAGUGAAAAAUCAGAGAAAAACAAUUCCACUCAAGAGGGAAACACAGGUGAAAAUUCUCCUGAGAAACACUGUCAAAUUGGACAGAAGCAACUGCAACAAAUAGAGAGGCAGUUAAAAUGCUUGGCAUUUCAAAACCCCGGGCCACAGGUGGCGGACUUCAACCCUGAAACAAGGCAGCAGAAAAAGAAAGCGCGUAUGUCAAAGAUGAAUGAAUAUUUUUCUGCAAAAUACAAGAUCAUGAAGAAGUAUGACAAAAGUGGCAGGCUAAUAUGUAAUGACGUGGAUCUGUGUGACUGCCUAGAGAAGAACUGCCUGGGCUGCUUCUAUCCCUGCCCCAAGUGUAACUCCAACAAGUGUGGGCCCGAGUGCCGCUGCAACCGCCGGUGGGUGUAUGACGCCAUUGUCACUGAGUCAGGGGAUGUUAUCAGCACGCUGCCAUUCCACAUUCCUGACUAG